ACAGUAGCGGACAAAAGUUUAAGACGAUGAUUUGUAAACCGGAUUACAAACAUCUUAUACGCAUAUUGUUCUUCUAUUCGGUUUGUCUCUUUGGAAUAACGUAGCUGUAUGUUUGACCUUCGUAACCUCAGACAGUCAGUUGUUAAAUACAAACAAUGUAGGAGUUACAACAGUUAGUUACCGCCUAGCACUUGGAAACAGUGGACAUUAGUUUAAGACGAUCUGUGUAAAACGUGAGUACGAGUACAGUUUUUGAACAUUUUGAUUCUGGAAUGUCAAAAUCAUUGUUUAGUGUACCUUUUAUUGCUUAAAAUUCAUUUAGGUAGGAACAGACUAUGGGUAAAUCAAAGAAUUUACUUGAAAACGAAAGGGAACAAAUCGUAAGGCUGCGAAAGCAAAGUAAAACCUUCACCGAAAUAGCAAAUAUAGUGAACAGGUCAGAAACAGCUUGUAAACAAGCUUGGUAUAAAUGUUUAAAGACAGGCAUGUAUUGCGAUCAACCGAAAAACGGAAGACCACGGAAAACAACACCGAAAAUGGAUCGCCGGAUUCAUCGAUUGAGCGAAAAGGAUCGUUUUCGUAGUGCAAAUAAUAUUGCUGCGGAGAUAAACUAUGAAAACGAUACACAAAUUAGUGCUAGAACUGUUAGGAGAAGAUUAGAAGACUUUAACUUAAGAGGACGAAAACCCCAAAAGAAACCACUGCUGAGUUCUAGGAAUCGAAAAAGACGACUUGCAUUUGCUAAAGCUCAUAAGCAUUGGACAAAACUUGUGGAGCAUCAUAAAAAAGACAGUACAAGGUUAUAAACCGAAAAAUUUGAAUGAACUUUACUCUACAAUUGAAACAGCUUGGAGUAAUAUUACGGUAGAUCAAUGUAAAAAAUUAAUAGAUUCAAUGCCAAGAAGAUGUACCGAAGUGAUAAGAAAUAACGGAUAUUGGACAAAAUAUUGAAUUUAAACAAAAAUUGUGCAUAUUUUUUUACCAAAACUUAAUAUUUUUUGUGUAGUCUUAAACUUUUGACCGACAAAAUAUUAUACAGAUUUCGUUC